AUGGAACGGAGAGUUGAUGUAGACGGGGAAGUUGCGCUUGAUUUUCCAGGAGUUGGAAAUUACAACCACAGACCUCCACAUUCCCCAACUCUUGGUCAUACCCAGUGGAGCCAGUUUUCUUAUGAGAACCAAACUGCACGGCCACAAGUAAGGCUUAAGUUGAUAAAUUCUUGACUUUCAGUUCAUUUACUGUUCUUGAUAAAUAAAAAAAAAAGGCACCAGACAUGUUCAAUUUAGUCAGCAGUUUCAAAAGGUGCGCCGUUUUGAAAUUAUGAGUUGUAGAAUAUAUUGCCGUUGGGGAACCAAGACCAAUAUUUUUAGGCAGUAGAUUUAUUUUACACAAGGGAUUAACUUUGUGUUAUGAUAGAUUUUAAUUUAUUUUAGCAUUACAAUACCUCACCUCACGAUAGAACGAACUGUUCAUUUACUGACAAACAUGCUUUUUGCCACCUUUAAUUGAUUUUCGCUAAUAUCGCUCUAGGCCCUUAUGGACUGUUACUUUACCAUCUCUUAUCUCUUAAAAUACAGGUUGUAUAGUUGUAACUUCCAUCCUCUUAUCUCUCAAAGUACAAGUAUCAGAAGUUUUCUUUUAUGCAUCAUUGAAAAUCAAAAAUGUUAAAUCAAUAAAAAAAUUUUACCAAAGGUUAAAGGCUACUUAAUUUUAGUGACUUUGAUGUUGCAAAUUCCUCCUCAACAUCAAAACGGUCCGCCGAAAUUGACCUGUAUCGUACGUUUUCCUAUUAAUAAACUGUAUAGGAAAUAUUUAAGAUUCCUGCAAAGUGCACGUAAUUGAAGAGUUAUUUUUCUAGGCUUGUUUAAACCGCUUGAAGUAAAUGAGCUCAGUUAGAUUUACCUUUGUCUCAAUUCACUUAAAUUUUUUCUUAAACUGAAUCAGACCGUUGAAGAUAGAGCAUUGUGUCUGCGGUUCUGGAAAUUAAGAGCGAACGCCGCCACUUGCUAAAGCUUUUCUUUCAGAUUUGCACUUUAGUGCCCUUCUGAAACGAAUUAAUUAUUAUUUAGACGUAAAAAAUGACGAUAAUUUUACAACAAACUUGGAGACUAGGAAAACAAACGGAAAAGGAAAACUUAAGUACAAGAACUUGCAAGUCUAUUACGCAAAAGAAAGGAAGAAUUUUUCAUGAUUACCACAAUAGCCUAGCUGAGUCAUUUGACGUCAUUGCGUAAUGACGGGCGACAAAGCAAUUGUUUACUUUUAAUUGUCUCCAUAUCGCUGAAGGCCAUUAUAACAAACGAAACCGGCCGGUGCUUAUUCACAGAUAUUGGGCCGUCUUCACAAAGCAGCUUUGAUGCUCGCUUGAAAUUCUUACAGACGUACUUGAGGCAGCUCUUAUAGCCUAUGUUGUAUUCACUUUAUGAAUUCCAGAGAGAAUGAAAAUUUAAACCCGAAAGUCCCACAAAAAUCAAAUGGUUUGUCUUAAAUUCUUGCCAUGGGCGGGUAGUCGCUCUAAGUUAGCCUUCUUUGCUUACCAGCGGUACAUGAGGCCUAAAGGAUGUCUCUGCAGUUUUACGUCGGGAAACUCAAAUUGAUCGGACUAAUAUUUCACUGGCUACAAGCAACGUUAUGAAAAAGUUUAAAAAGUCAGAAGAGUUUAUUAAUAAAACUGAACUUUACUCGCUUUAAAUUCUACAGCUUCAAAAGCGUAACAUCUGGAUUUUCUUCAAUAUUUUCGCCUUUAAUUCUGGCAUAUGUCUUCAUGAAACAGAUCAUAUUUGUCUGUGGGUUUUGCAUUAAAUUUGAGCUAUUUUUUUUUUCUGGAGCAAGUUGAGAGAGCGGGAAAAGUCCUGUUUAGGAAAGUCACUAUAUGUUUACAACUGAAUUACUUCUACGCACAGAAACAAAUGGAAAAUAUAAGAGCGAAAGUUAAAUCUGAAGUAAGCUAAACUAGUACAAACUCAGCUAACCACUCUACGAUCUUCAAAAACUUCUCGCAAGAAAUCACUGCUUACUUCUAUCUACCAACGAGGAACAUUGCUAAAUCAUUAAGUGACAUCUUUUUCCUUCUUCGAAAUCGAAUCAGUCAUUACUGUUUAAUUAUCCAAGUGGUUUUGAUUCUCAGAUGCAUUAAAAUAUGCCUGUAUGUGCAGCGUUUAAAACAGACCAGAAACUUGAAACUUCUUUUGGGUCUGAAUACCCCAUAUAGAGCAUCUGUAAAGAACAAUAGUUUUCGAGUUUAAGAGCCAAAUACUUUUUAGUUUUAAAUAUCACUUAAACAGUCUUGUGAUGUACUAGCAAGGGUCUCAUCAACCCAUUUCUUGCAAGGGGGGAAGGUAAGCUCAAAUGAAUGAGAAUGAACAUCUCCAACUAUUUAUUAUUUCCCGUGGACACACUUAACCCCAAAACGCCUCAAACUAUGAACUUUCAUUAAAAAAAUAAAAAGUGGUUUGACUCCUCAUCAAAAAGGUCGAUUUUGAGGAACUUCAACUCGGUUGAGUGUCUUUUAAAUUGUAUAUUGAUGUAAACGAUAGAAAUACUCGCAAACUUAUUUGAAUUACAACGCAUUUUCUGUUCAGUUUCAAGUUCAUCAGAAUGCAUUGGCACUUGCGUUUGAUAUUAGGUUUUAUAGUCCAUCUCUAUCCUCCUGUUGCAAGCAUUUUCAGUUGGCAGCUGAAUUAACCUGUGUGAGGAGACACUCCAAAGUAAUCAGCGAAGUCUGCCGUCUACAGUGUACCACAAAAUACCAAAAUGCGCAUAAAAAAGAUUAAGUUUCUAAUGUACUUUUCGCCAUAAGAAAAUAUUGCGAAUAUUUAUUGAUCCGAGUCGGUCGGUAGUGACUUACAGCGAAUAAAUCUUCAUCUUCAAUUCAUGUAAGAACUUUAAUGGCAAAGACAAAGAUAUUUAAUGGUGCCUAAUAUUUGAUAUGGACUCUUAGAUAAAAAUCAAACCUAACUUUGAGUUGGUCCAAUUAUAAAAGUGGCUUAGUCAAGCACCUUUGCAAUGCCGCUUUUCAUAUCAAAGAAGACUAGGUUAAAUGAGAAUUUUAGCUUGGACAAGAGAUAACUUUCUCGUUUUCAACCUAGACCGUAUGUCUGUUGCUGUAUUUCUUUAAGGGUUAGUUUACAGUUAUAAAUUAUCUCGUAUUUUUAGCAUACAGAGACCGCAAAUUUGCUGACUCAUAUCCAUUUCAAGUGAUAUUACGUAAUCAGCAUGCUAUAAAUCCAAUAUCAGCCAUGGAUAUCAAACUUCGUUUAUAGCAAGCAAAUGCCGUGACACAUUAAAUGGACAUGGCUUGUGAAAUAACUACAAUAGAGCGGGGCCAUUAAUCAAAUGAUAUAUGAGAUUUAUUACUUUUUUAUCAAAAGACCCACCGACCGUAACUUAAUAUCAAAUAUUUUAAGCAUGCAGCAUAAGCAACAACGUCACUGAAACCACUUAAAAUAUAAAUAAAAAAUGAAACAAGUAAUUGAAGAAAAAAAAAUCAUAAAAGCAUCUUACGUUACAGUAGAACCAACAAAAAAGUUUCUGUCCUUCCGUCAUUACAUUACAUUAAAAAAAAAAAAAAAAUUGGAAUUUCGGAUCAAAAAUAUUUAUUCUUUCACUCUAACAUCAGUAUCCGUAUUCUCCAUACUCUCCUUUAUAUAUACCCUUUGGCACUGACAAGGAGAAUUCGUUUAACAAUCAAAGCUAAAUUCCUAAGUUAGCGAUCAUUUCCUUUACUCUCAUAAUCUUAAUGAAUGAUUCUAAAGCAUUUAACCCUUUAUACCCAAACAUCAGUAUUCAUAUUCUCCAUACUAUUCUCUACACACUUCUGAAGGGCUGACGAGGAGAAUUAGUUUAAAAUUCAAGAGCUUUAUAAGUUUGUGAUCGUUUCCUUUAUUCUCAUGACCUUAAUGUUUGAUCAGGGGUAUAUUGUAAGGAGAAUUUAGAAGCUGGUCACUCUUAGGGUUAAAGAUUCAUGUUUAUCUGUCUAUUGACCAGGCUGAAAUAGCUUUUACUUACAUUGUUUCAUUUAUUUCCUCAUUACUGACUUACCUAUUUUUUUAUUUUUUUAACAGAACGACCCUGGUGUGAAUGCAAAAGUAAAGAGAAAAAGAACCCCAUUGGAAUGGCUCAAAAAAUAUUUUUUUGAAGGUAAGUUAGUCCGAGUCUUAGAAUCAGUCAGGCUGUGUUGAGACUAUAAAAAUAAGCAAUCUGCCUUGAAUGGUUUCCUUUUGCUUUCGCUUAGCCAAAAUGGUAAAUAUCUAGGCAAUAGGAAAAACAAAAUAAAUGUAACUCGCGUCAUACGAAUCAUAUUGGCUACACAAGCUGCCAUUCUACUUCACCAACGACAAUAACGAGCAAAAAUAUUUCGUGAUUGGCCAGUACCUGUACGAACACUGUACGAGCACAAGGGCUAAGAACUCUUCAUAAACAAUUGAAAGAUCUGAAAAAUACUGUGGAAAGUUUGAUGGCCUCAUUUAUGAGGUGUUGCUCACCCUUGAACACUAAACAGAUUUCAUUCCAGCAAACUUUUAUUUUAUAUAUUUCAUUCCUUUUGUCCUCCAAAUUUUCAUGCUUUAAUUUGUUUCACUCUUUCGUUUUCUUCAUAUGUCAUCGGCAUUAUAAUUUUCUCAUUUUUAUUUGAAAUUAAUGACACGGCACCGUCGAAAUAUCCUGUUUUACUGGCGUUGCAUUUUAUUUUUUUUCCCUUUUUAGAGUUAAUUUGAGUGAGGGAAAAACAAAACGGCAACAGUACUAACUGUUAAAAGAAUAAAGGGGGGAAGUUUGUAAAGAAAUCGUGGUACUGCGUCGGUGGGAGACUGUAUCACGGUAAUUAAGUAUUAUCAACUGAGUUGAUAACGUAAAUUGGCCACCGUAAAGAGUUUUAAAGCUGACGUUUCAAGCGUUAGCCCUUCAUCUGAGCGAAAGACAAAGGGCUAACGCUCGAAACGUCAGGUUUAAAACUCUUAACGGUAGCCAGUUAGUAAUAUUUAAUUACCCAGUUCUUAGUGUUGCUAAGGGAAAUUAACUGCAACUUUUGAAAUCGACAAUCCAGGUCAAGCACUGACCGACACUCAAACCCAGGCUCUUCAGAAGCUUGACCCAAACGCACCAUGGCACGAGAGGCUAAUUGUCAAGCACCGUCGGCUGGUGGGCGUGGCUAUUCCGUUCAUCUUCUAUCAAGUUAUUUGGUGGAGUUCUGCAAUUAAUUAUGACUUUUGGAGUCUGUUCCCUGAACGAUAUUUCAUUUCCAUAACGAUGAUAUUUGGCUCAAUGAUUGCAGGUAAAUAACUGUUUAAGCCUCUUGACCCCCAGGAGUGAGCAGCAUGUAAAUGUUCCCCAUAAUAUCACCCCUGAAUCAAACAUUUAGGGUCACGAGAAUAAAAGAAAAGAUUACCAACUAAAGAAGCUGUUGAUUGUUAAAAAAAUUCUCCCCAUUCGCACCUUAAGAAAUGUAUAGAGAACGCUGUGAAGAAUAUGCGUAUCGAUGUUGAAUUUAAACUGUUAAUAAUGUGAUCAAGUAAUCGCGGCUGACGGAAAGUUGGUUGAAUACGUUUUGUGUUCAGUAUUAUGCAGCCAAACUGCCUAUAGAACGCAAAACUUGGAUCAUAUUUUUGUUCGCUUUCUUUCCUUUAUCGAUUUUUUUCUUCAUUCACUCACGUACUAUAGACAAUUCAUGGCUUGAAAAUUUGUUAAGAUAACUAUUGUUCUUGUUCAACCACCAGUACAAAAGCUCAUUUUAUUGAAAAGAUUUUCUCUCUGUCCUAGUCGCAAUAUAUUCCGAGCUAGACUAAUAUCGAGAGCAUCAAAUGAAAUUUAUUCUUCUGGUCAAUUCUCGAAUAUUCCAAAGAGGAGAGGAUGAAAGCGUAAAUGUGCCCGAUUAUUACGCUCUCAAAUUUCCGUCCUCGUUUAAGCAAAAAUUUUAAGAUAACAUGCGAAACGAUCAGGUGCAUUCUGUGAUAAUUAAUGAGAAAGUAUAGUUCUACAUUAUGAAUAUCAUAGGUCUUUCUCCAAUUGCCAACUGUUGAUUUAUCCAAAACAUAAUCAAUUCUUCUCUUCUGCUUAGGAAUGACAAGUGAAGGUGGAGGCGCGGUAGCUUUUCCCGUCAUGACCCUCGCUUUUAACAUAUCUCCAGCAGUGGCACGUGACUUCUCACUGAUGAUCCAGUCCUGCGGUAUGACAGCAGCGGCUUUUACUAUCUUCUGGAUGCGCGUGCAGCUUGAGUGGCACUCCCUCAUAUUUUGUUCGCUCGGCGGAAUCGUCGGCAUGGCAAUUGGUUUGGAGUUCAUUGACCCAAACCUCACCCCACCUCAGAAGAAAAUUGGUUUCGUUUGUGUGUGGUUCUCGUUUGCUUUUGCCUUGUUCCUUUUGAAUCUCUACCACAAGCGAAAGACAUACAAAAUUAUCCCAGAUUUCAAGCUAUGGAAAAUGGUUGUUCUCACACUGACCGGAUUCAUCGGCGGAAUUUUCUCUGCCGUUGCCGGCAGUGGCGUGGACAUUUGCAGCUUCAGUAUGCUGACUCUUCUCUUCCGGGUCAGUGAGAAAACGGCAACACCAACUUCCGUUGUACUAAUGGCCGGAAACACUGUGGUCGGUUUCUAUUGGCGCCAAGUCAUCCAACAAGCUGUGAGUGCCGAUGCGUACUACUACCUUGCAGUUUGUGUCCCGAUUGUCGUGUUAGGCGCUCCCCUAGGUUCUGUGUUGGGCAGCCAUUUUCAUAGACAGGUCCUUGCUGGUUUGAUAUAUGUCUUAGACACUGUGGCCCUAGUCAGUGCGUACGCAAUCGUCCCACUCACCAAGGUUUUAAUCGGAGUUUCCGUUGGUAUAAUAGCUUUUGGAUUCGUGUUUUUUGGUGCCAUCACUUACGCUGGACAGAAGAUUAUGGAAGGUAUUGAGGAAGAGUUGGAACAACUGCCACAAACUCAAGUCAACGGAGAAGUGAAAGAAAAGGAAAACGGAGUUAUUAAUUACAAAAAAGAAGGAGAAACUGAAGAUAUUGACUUAGGAAAGCUCAACUCUGGGUUUUCUUCCACCACAGAUGUCUCAAGACAGCUGUAA